AUGGCAAAUCACUUAGACACAGAUGCCGGCUCGGAGUUGUUCAGCAAUUAUGAAGCCGAACUCAAAUUGGUCCAGGCAGACCUCAAUCAGAAGCUCGACCAAGUGGAAGAAUUAGCCGGUGAAGAGCGCAAAUCUGCGCUUCGAGGUGCAGAGAGAGCGCUGGACGAAGCAAAGGAGUUGCUCGACCAGAUGAACCUCGAGAAAGCCAACAUUCCGACCUCAACUCGCUCAAAGGCGAACCAGAAAUAUCGUAAUGCUCAGACAGAUAUAGACACCUUAUCUCGCAGGCUUAAGACCAUUGCCCAACAGUCCUCAGACAGGAAAGCACUAUUUGGAGACCGAUACACAGACGACCCGGACUCGCGCGAUGCAGCCCUCGAACAACGUCAACAACUACUGUCCGGAACCGAUCGUCUGGGACGUUCAUCACAGAGAUUACGAGACAGCCAACGUGUGGCGCUUGAGACGGAGGCUAUAGGAGCCAGUACGCUCGCUGAUCUGCACCAGCAGAGAAAUGUGAUUGAGCAUACCCACCAAAACUUACAACAGAGCGAGGGUUAUGUCGAUCGCAGUGUCAAGACGUUAAGAGGAAUGGCUAGGAGCAAGUUUAGAUGA